AUGGAGUGCCUGCUAGGGCUGCUCAAGGUGCGGGUGGUGCGAGGAGUGCACCUGGCCAUCUGCGACCCCCUCACCCACAGCAGCGACCCUUACGUCGUCCUCCGCCACGGACAGCAGAAAGUGAAGUCAAGUAUAAAAUACCGCACGUGCAACCCAGAAUGGAACGAGGAACUCACCCUAUCCAUCACAAACAUGAUGAACCCCGUCAAGAUUGAACUCUUCGACCAUGACACGUUCACCAAGGACGACAGCAUGGGCAACGCCGAGUUCUGCAUCCUCAACUUCGUGGAGAUCGCCAAGCAGGACCUCAGCGACGUCCCCGACGGCACGGUGAUGAAGUCGAUCCACCCGGAGACGGGCAACUGCCUCGCCACCGAGAGCCACAUCACGUGGAAGGACGGCAAGGUCUCCCAGGACAUCGUGCUCAAGCUCAGGAACACCGAGACCGGCGAGCUCGUCCUGCAGCUGACCUGGGUCAACAUCCCCGGCGUCGCGCGGUGA